CGUCGACGUUUGACUCGAUCCGAUAUUUACGUCAAAAACUUGUUGCCAUCUCCUUUGUCCUUUUAAACUUCUUCGUAACCUUGGCAACAAACUUGGUGAAAUUUAGAUCGCAGCUAGAUUUUACUAUUAAAGUCAAACCGAUCCCGUCCUGCAGAAUAUUUACUUGGAACAUCGAAACCAGUAAACCUGCAAAUCUGCAAAUCUGCAAACCUGCAAACCUGCAUUCAAGGGUGACUCGAUAAGCUACCCCGCCAUCCUUCACGUUCAUCAUUUCAUCGUCCUCUCUCACAUCAAUCACUCAUCAUGGCUGGACGCGGUGCACCUGGAGCCAACUCUCGUGGCCGAGGAGGCAAAUUCAAGAAGUUCACUCGAGGUGGUGGAAAACACUUCUCUCGUGACCUUCGACCCCUCGACGCCGAAGGCAACGAGAUUAGCAUGUGGAGCGAAGAUGCCCAAAAAGACAAGAGCGGAAGCGAUUCCGAAGAGGACUCCGAAGAAGACUCAGAAGAGGAAGACUCCGACGCUGGUCCCUCCCAACAACAGUCCGAAUUGACCCGAGAAGAGCGUAAGCAGGCCAAGAAGGCUCAGAAGGAGGCAGCCAUCGCCAGAAAGAACAAGCCCGUACAAGUCGGAGACAUGCCCACCGACUCCGAAGAGGAAGAAGACGAGGACGACGGCAUGCCCGCUAAUCCUAACCACUCCAAGGCUGCACGCAACCAAGCUAAGGCUCCGCCCAAAUCCGAUGCCGUCGAAGACGUUACCGAAGGAGUUCAGAAACUUGCCAUGAGCCGAAAGGAACGCGAGUCUAUGGAGGCCCAGCAGGCUAAGGAGAAGUACCGCAAGCUUCACGAAGCAGGCAAGACAGACGAAGCUAAGGCCGACCUGGCCCGUCUGCGACUCAUCCGAGAGAAGCGAGAUGCCGAGGCCGCGCGAAAGCAGGCCGAGAAGGAAGAGCGCGAGGCUCACGAGAAGGCGCGAAAGGCCGAGAUCGAUGCCAAGGAGUCCAAGAAGCGAGAGGCUGCUCUAGGCAAGCCCGGAAAGAAGGGACGAGCUAAAUGAAGUUGUCCAUCUACCUAGUACUUCCCGUUGGCUAUCGUCAACAUACCUUGCAUAGCCUUGUGUCUGGCCGUGCAUAUUGAAUACAAACCAGAACCUUGCCUCGUCA